AUGGUGGACCAGCCUGAGAGGAAGCCCUCCGAAAUUGCUCCAGACCAUUCAAUGAUACUCACAUCGGACAAGCCCACCACCUCGCGUGUCGUUCCCCCUUCCUUGUCACCUGCUAAGGAAUCCCAGGAAAACAUUUCUAUCAGAAAGCAUUUCAGUAAAAGAGCAAUGGGUGCUAGCUCCCCAGCGAACAACAAGAAGGGUACCAGUCUCCGGGUGUUGAAGAAGGGUCAUAGGGUGAAUACAAGCACACGGGAUGGUAAAAGGCCACACCAUAAGAAAAAAAACCUUGGCCAUCGGAAAGCGGUGGAAGAACUCCUGGAUCAGCUUCAAGCUAUUCCAAUCCCCGGCGUGGGAGACGCGGGUAACAAGGGGGUCGAUGAACCUAUGUCAGAGCACUCAAAUCCCCAACCAAGUGAAGUAAGGGAGGGCCGAUACUAG